GAUUAAUAUCUCGGCGGCCUGCAAUUUCAAAAAGAAAAGCAAAGCAAAGCAAAGCCACCGCUGCCACCGUCACUGCCAGCAGCAGCAGCAGUGGAGAGUCUGAGAGAAAGCGUGGGAGAGAUCGAGAGGAAUUAAAAUGGCAGUCGACACGAAUUUCUCUUCAUUUUUCGACAAAUUAAAACUACUAGAAGAAGAUCCACUGAUGCUCCCUCCCAAAACCUGGGAAUCAAUCCCUUCCCAAAAUGCCCCUACUUCUUCUUCCUAUUUCCCCCCCCAACCACAGCCACCACUCCUCCACCACUCUCCCUCUCCUUCCCUCUCCGAGGAAAGUUUGGUGAGGCUGGCAUUGAACGCACUGCAGGGUUCAGAAUCGGCUCUUAUCAGUAUCGAAAAGCUCUCUGCUGUUUUCAUAUCCGACCCGGCCGAUCGGACUUACCAUACAAUUCCCAAUCUAUGGAACCGGUCUACCAGCACAAACGCACUGGGGAAGUUUCUGACCUCCAUUGCUCGUUCCGGUUUCGUAAUUUUUCUUCUCCGUAAAUUUGUAGAUUAUUUUAACAAUUUUAAUCUCGAAGCAUAUUUGGGCGCGGCCUCUUCUUAUAGUUUGGUUAAUCAAGCGUUUAGUGUUGCGGUAGGGAAGGUUUUAGAAGGGUAUAUGAGUGCGCUUGGUACAUUAUAUGCUUCGAUAGAUUUGAGGCGCUCCCCGAAGAGUAAUGCUGUUGAUCUUAAGAAUUGUAGAGUGCCGUGCUUUACGAGUGUGGUGCAUUCUGAAAUUACGUUGUUGGAGGUGUUUUUGCAUACAAAGGAAUUGAGGACUCAGGUUGAAGUGCUUGGGAAUGUGUGUAAUGUUCAAAGUGUAGCUCUUUGUUUCUUGGAGUCUUCGGUUGAAGAGUUGACUGCGAAAGCAAGCUUGGAGUUUUGUAAUUUCUAUAGAGGAGGGGAUCUUCUUACUUAUUUGUAUAGACAACUACAGGUUGCUGAUCCUGCUCACCGUGCUCUGCUCAAGUUCCUGUUUAUUCGCUCAUGUCAACCAUAUAUUGGAUUUAUAAGAUCGUGGAUAUACGAGGCAGAUAUUAGUGAUCCGUACAAGGAAUUUAUGGUAGAAUACGCUGAUAAUCUAUCUCCUCAUCCACAUUACAAAGGUGGCAUCCCUAUCGACUUUGUGUUGGCAAGUAUUCAGGACAGGGUUGCUGUUCCUUGUUUUCUGAAGGACUUUUUUAUUCCAAUUGUCAGAGCUGGUCAGCAGCUUCAAGUGCUAAAGAAAUUGCUUGAAUUAUGUAAUUAUGUUGGCCCUGAAGAGUAUACUUGUGAGGAUUUGCUUCCCAGUUGGAGGGGAUAUUUAAGCAAUCAUUUGUUUUCUGCAUCUCCAUUGACUUUCAGUAAAGGAUAUCUAGAAGCCAUGGUAAUUGCAAGGAACAAUUAUUAUGAAAACAUGCUAGAGAAGAUAAAAAAUCUGUCGUCGAAGUUGGAAUUUAGGCAUCGGCAGGUAGUUCCACAUGGCACUAUAUCUAUUGCCUUUGACAAUGGUGAAGGGAGUUCAAAGAAUGCAGUUUCACAUAUGUUUUUUGACAGGGCUGUUGAUAACACCAAUUUUGAUGACUCUAGCACAAGUGAUGAGUUCUAUGUGUUGGGUACAUCUGAUUCAUCUGAAUGUUCAUCUUUAAGUGGGUCUGAAGAGCAAGCUGAGGCUGAGCAGCUAAUUGAGCAGGGUAAUGGUUUGGUUGGAGAUGAACAGAGAUACUUAUCUUCCUUGAGGUUUUCCAUGAGUAGCCCAACUGAUACUGCAUUGCCAAAGCCUACUCAAAGUGAAAUUUCACGUGACAUCAAAACUGACUCACGUAAAAAUAGUGAAGAAAACAAUUUUGUUGGCCAUUUCAUGUGUGUUUAUGAUAAGAGAAGAACUUCAAGUCAUGAAUUUCCACCCCCUGAUUCAAAGGAGUCAAAUUCAUCAUGCAUGUUUGAUAAUAUAGAUAGUGUAAUUGGUAAGUGCCGGCAGUUUGGCCUCCCAAAAAAUUCUGUUUACAAUGACAAAUGGCACAGCUUUUAUCCAUGGUCAGAUCAUUGUGACUCUGUCCAAGAAGCGAGUAAAACAAAUACAGGAAUUUUGAAAUCAGAUCUACCAUAUUUUACCCAUAUGACUUCUGCUAAAGAUGUUUUAAUAGAGAAAGCCUCAGGAGCUGAUCAACUUAAAAACAGAAACUCUACUUCAAGUUUAUUUGCAUUACAGCCAUGGAAGGUUAAUUACCGCUAUAAUUUUCUAAGUAGAAACCCAAUGUUGAAAAAGAAUGCCUACUUUCACCUUGUAACCAUGCCCAAAGAGAAAUGCAGCACAGCAUAUGGACCAUCAUUACCUUGCUUUGACUUUUCAACUGUUGAAGACCCUUGUAAGGCAUCUGUAGAAAAGUUCGCUGCCAGUUUCCGACAUGAAUUUGGAUCUCAGGUUCCACUGCAUAUUACUUCUCCAGCUACCAGUGGUAAGAGUCAUGAUGAGUGUAAACAAGGCUGUGAUGGAGAAGCUGUCUUGUUUGAUAAUGCCAGAGCAUGUGUUAGUGACUCGUCAGUACACUUGAAAGAACAAGAUAAAGAAGCUGUUGUUUCAACAAAUGGUUGUGGUGGGACUAGUUGGCAGAGCCUGCUUAAGAGAUUUAGUUACACUGAAAAUGAAAGUGUUGGAGAUCACAGGGAGAGUUUGUCAUCCAUGUUCGAGAUUCCACUUGAUUUUGUCAUCGACAAAUGCUUGCUGCAGGAAAUCUUGCUCCAAUAUAAAUAUGUCAGCAGGCUUGCUAUUAAGCUGCUUGAAGAGGGUUUUGAUUUGCAAGGACAUUUACAGGCUUUGCGGCGUUACUACUUCAUGGAAUCAGCAGACUGGGCAGAUUUGUUCAUCAUGUCCCUUUGGCAUCAUAAGUGGUGUGUUGCCGAGGCUGAGCAGAGGGUGCUAGAAAUUCAACGGUUCCUUGAGUUGUCAGUUAAGAGGUCAUCAUGUGAACGAGACCCUAAUAAGGAUCGGUUGUUUGUCUACAUGAAAGGGAAUGACACAAUGCCCCUUUCAGCAUUUACAAUUGGAGUGCAUUCCUUCAAUUUUUUGGGUUUGGGUUACCAAGUGGAUUGGCCAAUUAGCAUUGUUUUGACUCCAAGUGGAUUGAAAAUAUAUGCUGAGAUAUUCAGUUUUCUGAUAAAUGUGAAGCUUGCUGUUUUCUCUUUGACUGAAGUAUGGCGCUCACUGAAGGAUAUGAUGCACAUGGUGACCCGAAAUCAUUCUACAACACAAGAACGUGGAAUUCGUCAUCUUAACAUUUUGAUAAAGAUAAGGCACCACAUCAAUCAUUUUAUAUCUGCAUUGCAACAGUAUGUCCAGUCACAGUUAUCUUAUGUGUCAUGGUGCAAGUUUCUCCACUCCCUAAAGUAUAAGGUCAAAGACAUGAUGGAUCUGGAGUCAGUGCACAUGGCAUAUUUAACUGAUUCACUACACAUAUGUUUUCUCUCUAAUGAAACUCGGCCUGUAGCCAUCAUUAUUGAAAGCAUUUUGCAAUGUGCCUUUGAGUUUCGGUCUUGUUUUACUGGUGGCAUGUGGGAUAUGGGACUGGAUCAAGGAGACUUGUUGGGUAAACUUUCUAGAAUCAAUAUAUCCCAGGUGCUUGCCAUAAAGCAAAAGUUCGACAAAAAUUUGAAACAAUUGCAUUUAUGCUAUCUCAAGUUUCGUAAGCAUGGGGAGUUUGGGCUAUCCCGUUUCUGGGGAUAUCUCAACUACAACAAGUACUACUCAGAUGUUGGAAAUGAAAUGGACCUUUAUGCCUUGUGAGCCUAAAGUUCUAUGACAUUCCUAUGAUGGUGAACAGUGGAUUGCAUACCAACGUGCAAAGAGAUGAUAAUCCAACCAAGUUCCUUAACAGGAUGGCGUCGCCAAAUGCCAAUCCCAGUUGCUGGUAUCUUGCGGGUCCUGUUGCUCACCUAACACUCGCAAUUUCAGCCAUUGUCCAUUCGAGGUGGGAGCUUCCUCUUCUUUUAGGAUUUGGUGUUGUGAUGCUGAGUUUUUUCUUUGUUAUAGGGUAUAGAAAUAGGUGUGAUGCUGAGUUGUAAAAUCAAUCUCCAUGAUGUGCUGUUUUAACCAUCUAAAGAAUGGGCAGAGAUUCCUUCAUUCUUUAGCCAUUUUGGGGGCAUGUAUUAUAAUUGCGAGGUUUAUUAGCCUGUUGGUUUUUGCUAGGGAAAAGGAAUUAUGUACUUUAGUGGGACAGUACAAAAUCUGUAUUUGUAUGGUAGCAUAGAAAUUACUGUGCGUAUACACUCUAUACAAUGUAAAUGUGUACAGCCAGCCUCUUUGCCUAAUUUAUGUACCUAGAGAGUGCCCCAUUACGAUGCUGUAGGUAUUAUAAUGUUUUAUACUUUCAAAAUAUUUUGGCAUAUAAAUAAAUGAUAAAAAUGUCGGAUA